AUGAAGCUCGGGCUGGGAGCCGACGCUGAGCGUGACUUGGAUUCGCUGGUGGGCCACCACAACGCCUUCGUGACUCGCGGGACCCGAAAGGCAACUCGGUUUGUGUCAAGAUUCAUUACUAGCGCUUGGGGCUCUGCACGAAUCAAGCCUGAAAGUCAUGACAGUCAUUCCAAGGGACCAGAGCAGCCUACUGCGCACCACAAAGAGACCGCUAGUUCUCAUGAAGAGCUGCAGCUGGAACUGGUUGAGAGCACGCUCGAGCUGCUUUUCCACUGCGAGUAUCACGCUCUCGUUGAGUACGUCGAGUAUGCGGUUCCUAUUCUUUUUGGAGUUUACUUGACGAUCUUGUGCCAGCUACCGACACACAAAUACUACCCGCACACACGAGACAUGGAGCCCAGGCAACUUGAAUCGAUGGUGGAGAAUCUGUCAGUGUAUGUAGCUCUGGAGGUGCUGUCGUUCGUGGUGAUGCACAUCGCGCUCAAGCGGAAAUUCAUGUUGUCGGCUCUAUCAAUUGGCGUUUGUACUUGA